AUGGUCGGUCGUUUCUUGUUAUUGGCUCUGCUGAUUUCCUCCGUAUUUGGAGGUAAAUGGUACUGUGGCCCGCAGAUUUUCGAGGCAUUGACCAGUGAUUUCAUAGAAGGCCGAAUUUGGAACAUGUGUCCAGAGCAUUACAGUAAGUUUUUAUUUCCUUGAAAAUGAAAAGGCAAUUCGAGCUGCGCCCAGGAAAUAGAAGGAACGCAAGAAUGACAAUUGCGCGCCGUAAAUAGAAGGCAGAGCCUGAUCUAUGCUUAACCUAGCCUCUAUGCACUAUCCUACGAUUAGGCUAUAGGGGAAGUACCUCGUUGAAUAUCUCGGCUUCGCCUUCAAAGCGCAAGCUAAAGCUUUGAGGAAUUGAUACUUAUUCUAUGCCCGAAGUGUGUGUAAAAUCGAAAGAAAACCUGAGCGUUGCACUUGGGAUACUUCCCUUCUAAGUCUAAACAAAGCCGAGCCCAGCCUGCGCCUAACUUUUCAUUGUAUAAAAUGUCCCUUGCAGGUCGCGCAUUUUAUUUCCACAAGACUUCUGAUUUUUUUGGAGUGAUAGCCAAUCUGCGGAACCUUUGCCAAAUCGGGGUUUUUUCACUCUCAGUAAACGUGAAUUUUUUUUCAGCCCUGAUCAAUGAGUGCUGUAGGAUCCACGACAUGUGUUACUCCGAAGGAAAUGGUCAUGCCCAUUGCGACCACACUUUCUUCAAAUGUCUUAAUAUUGUCAAGCAAGAUUGCCCCAGGACUUACGGAUGGAUCGAGCUUUCUGUCCGUCACCUCGGCGAGAUCAUUUACAUUUUUACCAACAUCUUUGGAUAA